CAGAGGAGCGCGGACAAAGCCACUUGUCCCAUGAAGGAUGGAAACCCAUUCGGUCCCUUCUGGAAUCAGUUCAAAGUGGAUUUCGAUAAGUCUGAGCUCUUCAAGGGAAUUUCCUUCAGUCCUGCGUACAAGGACCACUGGAUCCAAAGGUUUCCCCCCUCUGAGCACCCUGUACUCGCCCUGCCUGGAGCUCCAGCCCAGUUCCCAGUCUUAGAGGAGCACCGGCCACUCCACAAGUAUAUGGUGUGGUCCGAUCAGAUGGUGAAGAAAGGAGACUCCUACAUUCAAGCUCUGCUGGUCCGGCCCUACGUGGGAAUUCACCUGCGGAUCGGCUCGGACUGGAAAAAUGCCUGCAAUAUGCUGAAGGAUGGGACGGCCGGGCCACACUUCAUGGCUUCCCCACAGUGUGUGGGCUACGAGCGGAGCACUGCAGCCCCUCUCACCAUGGACAUGUGCCUGCCUGACCUGGUGGAGAUCAAGCGCGCGCUCAAGCUCUGGGUGGAGAAGACAGAAGCUAAAUCUGUUUAUAUCGCUACUGAUUCAGAGCCCUACAAAACAGAAAUAGAGCAGUUCUUCCAGGGAAGGGUCAAGGUUGUGAGCUUGCAGCCGGAGGUGCCUCAGGUUGACUUGUACAUUCUUGGCCAGUCCGAUCACUUUAUUGGGAACUGCGUCUCCUCCUUCACAGCCUUUGUGAAAAGGGAGCGUGAUGUGCACGGAAAACCCUCCUCGUUCUUUGGCAUGGAUCACCCACCGAGGUUACGGGAUGAGUUCUGA